GAAUAUUUCCUUUGAACUGUUCGUUUUGUACGAAGUUUUGUUUGAAUUUACCUUUUUUGAAAACAUAAACAAUAAACGAAGAAUUAUACAAAGUGCUUUUAAAGGACUAUCGAAAAUGUCCAUGAUACAAAUCAGUCGAAGUACAUUGCAAAAACUUACUCAUGAGUCUUUGGAAAUCCGAUUGCGGGCUCUGGAUCAAAUAUCUGGCAAACUGGAACGCGCGCUCGAGCUCAAUGAGAAAGUGGAUGUCAAGUUCGUGGAACUAUGUAAACAACUAAUACGAUGGUUUGGAUUCACACCCAUUAGGAGCCAGUUAAAAGUUUUAAAAUUGCUAAAAUCGUUGCUGCAGUCCGAAAGUUUAGGGGACAAAAUUAUCCAGAAAAUGGGAGCAGAUCGUUUAAGAAAGGAGUGUCGAAAAAUAAAAAUUUUGUUGGAAAAACAAAACGAAGAUUUGCAAGUUGUACAAGAAAUUAUUGAUUUCCUUAAAACCUGUGAAAACAAUAGACUAGAAAAUAAAGAAGGCGAAGAAAUGGAAGAUUUAAUGAGGGCUACCAAAAGACUAAGCUUACAAUAUGAGAAUAUAAAAAGCCGAGAGGAAGAAGAGGUUUAUAGUCUCGAUGAUUAUGAAGUUCCGUGGAGUAGUCCAACUAUAAGUGACUACAAUGCACUAAAACUAAUGGCUGAUAUUUUGAAAAAUCCGUCCUCUACAAAUUUGGAACUAAAACAUGCACUGCAGCAUUUACAGUUGACUAUGAAAGAUUACCCUGCUGAAUAUAUGUUGCAGACCCCACACAUAUUUCGUCAUUUACUGCAAGUAUUCACUAAACAACAAGGUACCGGCUUCUCUCCCGAAGUGGCCGCAACAACUUUAUAUGAAUUUCUCCAUGUACUUGAAUUACGUUUGAAAUUCAGGAAGAAAACAUUGAAUUUUCCUUACGCGACAAGUAAUAUCGAUGAUAGUGCUAUGAUAAAGCCAUCUCAAUUACGGGUUGAUAAAGCUUUAACUCAGAUUUUUGUAUCGUGCAUAGCUUAUUGGGAAGAGAAUAGUAAUGACUCAAUUAUGAUGUGGGAAAUUAUAUACAAAAUAUUGAGUUUACAUAUUCUCAUAAAGCAACAGAUUGCCGAAGAACCUUUACGAAUGCUUGCAGGAAUAUUAGAAAAACUUUGCUUGCAGUAUACUGUAACAGAGCAAUGUACCCGACCUCGUUUGCAACAGAUGCAAAUUCUAUUUCUUUUGCAGGAUGUGGCAUAUAUUAAUAAUCAAAUUAACCCCCUUAAAUCAGUUGAGUUAUACGAGCCAAUUUUAAGAGAUUAUUCCAUAAAAUGCUUAUAUCCUGAACGUUACAUGCGAUUACGUGAAAUAUUAUUGAAAAACAAAAAAUCAUUGAAUGAUAAAUACCAGCUUUUGGAUAAAUAUGAGACAUCCUUACGACAAGCCGUCAAUUUGAUAAUCGCCGAUUCAGCUUUGAACUUAUCUGCAGAGCAUAUAAUUAAAACCGGAUAUAGCAUUAUGUUAAUGUUGGAUAAAGUACAAUCUAAAAAAUUGUUGGACAUAAUAUUUAGGAACAUACUUGAUGCUAUACCCAAAUAUUUAAACAACGAAGAAUUAAAAUCGAAAGCGGUGCAGCUUCUUAUUAAACUUCUUAAUAUGUCUUUCCUGCCUUUAAAAAUCUAUCUUUAUGAGAAACUGACAAACGCCUUCAAGCGCCACAUUGGUUGUUUAAUGAACGGCGAAAGGUACAUUAAGGAAUGCGAAAACGGCUGCUUAUUAGCUGCAGGUAUUAUUGGCAUACCCAUGAAUACAAAUUUAUUGUUACAUUUACUAUACAAUGGCUUUGAAAGUGCUGAAGAAAAAAUACAAAGUUGUUGUUUUAAAAUAAUAGAACUGUUGCUGCAGUCCCAAUCAUUAUUUGGUUCUAAAUGGAGCACAUUCCUUCCCACUUUGCUUCCCAUUCAACCUCUACUCGGCUGUUGUACUUUUUCCAAAAAGAUACUCGAGUUGUUGCUAAAACUAUAUGAUCCCGACUCUAGACGUUUGCCUUAUGUUAGCGUCUUACAAGGAAAUAUUGUUUUUCUUUUUCACAACAGUAACGAAAGACGUUCGGAGGCCUUAACUAGACUCUUGUACAGUCUAAAUUCGUUGAGCGGUUGCGAUAAGUAUAUGCCCAAUCUUAUGCAUAUAAGCGAUACAUUGCCCAAUGACAUUUGUAUGCUAACCACACCCAGGGAAUACCGCCACGUAUUCAACGACAUUUCACCCUUGCGCCCAGAUGCUAUCUCAACUUUGAACAACUUGUUUAUGUUAUUGGACUCGCCAGAUGUUGAGCCCUUAAUUCGCAAAACCACGUUAAUGCAAAUCAAUGUUUUAUGUUCCAAUUGGCAUGUUACGGGCGAGCUUUGUAAUGCUGGGGCCUCCUUUUUAAUAUUGCAAGCUUUGGAGAAUGCCUUGCAGAAUGAAUCUUGUACAGAUUACCCCGAUACUGCUAUACCAUGUAUAAGUAUACUCAACAAAAUUUUGUUCUACGAUUCCUCCGUGCGAUGUGAAAUAGCUGAAACCCCAAAUAUUUAUGUACUACUUUUACGAGCCUUGUUUUUGUUUCAUCAUGAUAUUCAGGCAAGACAAGAUGCCACGAUGUGUCUUUUUCAAUUGUUGUUCUGUCACCAAUUAGUGGCGACAGAAAGAGGCGUAGAGGGACCAUUAAUUUUGGGUAAUAUUCACAUGCCCAUUGAUAUAACUUUACGUUCCGCACUCGCCACCGUUGAAGACAAUGAAGCGGAUUUACAAACAAUUGCAACAACAUUUCCCAAUGCACAGGAAGAAAAUCAGUAUUGGCGUUUUGUUGUAGCUGAUAUUUCCUGUCAAGGUUUGACUAAUGUUCAUUCGAAAUCUGUGGCCAAACAGGCGGAUUUAGACAUAAAUGAACAAUUGAAACUUAGCAAUGAAGAUGUUAAAUUAAUACGAGCUACUCAGCCCGGUGUAUCACUACAGAGAUUGAUUAGGGCAGCUAGCAAUGCAACAGAUCACAGAUCUUUAAUUCAGGUCUGUUCCAUGUUAAGUCAGCAAUUACUUCUUCCCAGACAUUCCCACACUUUUGACGUUGGCGUAGAAUCAAGUCAAACAUUGGGUAGCAUGCUAAACAAAUAUCUACAAUUACAGCCAAGUAAUGAAAGUGAUCUGGAACUUUAUCAUUAUUUGGUAGAUUUACUACUAAUUUGUCUAAAAGUUCCCGUAACACAAAUUGCUGCAGAAUUCAUAAAAGUUUUACAUAAAGAUGUAAGACAGGCAUUUGUAACGAUACUUACCCAGCAACAGGAAAUGGAGUUUGGAAUUUUUUGUAAAAUUUCCACGGUCUUGGAAUUUCUCAUCCGGCAUCAUGUGGAGGUUUUUGAAAACACCCUGUCUGCAGCCGAGAGCAGUACCAUUUUUAGUAAUCUCUUUGAUUUGCUUAUGGAACGCACACUGAAACUAUUUGAGGAGCGUGAUUUACAACGAGUUAGAUGUUUAUUAUCUCUGUUGUUGGCUCUUAGCUCAUGUCAUCUGGAUAUGCCUGACAAAUUACUAUUCUACUACUGUAGACGUUUUAUGCAACUAUCCCUAGCUCUCAAAUCGUUUACCCAAACAGGCUCACAAUGGCAUAGAGAUUGUUUGAAAUCCAUAUUAAACCUUUCCAUGCAAAUGACAGACUCAAAAUGCAACUUUCGUUUGGCGCCAGGAGUGGUAAAAUAUAUUGGUGGUAUGUGUGCUCAUAUUGAUGCACAGGUACGAAUAUUAGCUUGGAGCAUAUUAUACCUCGUAUCAGAAACAACUGCAAUUCCACAAGAGCCAAAUAAAGAAUCAAAAUCUACAGACUGUUCGGGAUCAGAGAUGUUACUGAAUGAACUAUCAUAUUUACCAGGCGGAUUUAUGGCUUGUUGCUUAAGUACCUUAUUGGAUGUGAAAGAAAUAACACACGUCAGACAAUUGGCGGGCCAAUUGUUUGGAAAUCUUAUACGCAAACGAAGCAACAUUGAAGAAUUAGAGCAAAUACUCGAGCAGUACCGUUUUAUGAAUUUAAUUGGAGGAGAUGCUCUUAACAAGGAGAUUUGUGUAUUAAGUAUGGAAGUUCCUGAUGGACUUGAACCUUCAAAUACCAAACAGAUUACAACUUGUGGUCUUGUUGCAUGCUACACACGGAUUUGCAUUGAAAUGUCUUUGCAUUCGGCAGCGUUUUUGAAUGAAAUUUGUACUCGCUCGUUUAUGUUUAAAUUGUAUGAAAUAUUGAAGCUACCCUUACCAUCAACAUUAGAAAGCUCCAACGAUUAUGUAACCAUGAUUGCGUUGAUUUGCCGCCUCUACUCCAUGUGUCAUGCUGAUAAUUAUAUUUUCCUUCAGCGCACAAUAUGCCGAGAUCCAGUUUGGCUUGAUAGCCUAUGCAAAAUAAUAUUCACCAUAGUUCCCUGCACUACGAAACCAUUCAAACUUGUCGAUAUGUUACAAUUGUUAAUGGUAUUACUUGAGGAUGCCAGCGCCCUGGAGCAUCUGACCACAAAAAUGUUGGAGUACAGUUCCAAUAUUGUACAACUUUUCAAGCAUGUCCUAUCCACAAGUCGCAUGAGCAGUAUAUUGCAACGCUGUAUAUUGUCGCUAUUAAGUAUUUUAUGCAUUAAGGCCCAGCCAGAAAUAGGAGGAGAUCUCUCUUGCAACGUUUUAUUGUUACUGAAUGGCUCAAACAUCGAAGAAGACCAAAAACAUGAUAAAGUUAUCGACCUUGAAUAUGAAAACAAAGAAAAUCGAAUAUCCAAUAAUUACAACGUAAAAACUAAAAUCAAAAAUAUUGAAAAUGAAACUCAAAAAGUCAAACGCCCAACAACAACCAUUUCGGAACAUUUGUGUAUAUAUUUGAUACGCCUAUUUACCCAUUUGUAUCCUUUAAAAGUAUGCAAGUUUAUUUCUGCGCCAACUGAAGAACAGCAACAAGUCGUGGAAUCUUUAUCGCUAUUGUUAAAAGUGUCUCCUAAUGCACAAGAAACGGCACAACAUCUCAAAUUGAAUGAACAAGUAAUAAACAUUUUUAAAACCUUUUUCGAAGAGUACUCCACAACACCUUGUACGACGUUUGUAAAACGCCACGGAGAACAUAAGAAAAUGGCUGUAAUCAAAAAUCUUCACCUGUUGUUAAACUUUCUGCUAAACUGGCAUUCUUCACCUACCAUGGUUAUAAGCGAUGAUAUCCUAGCAUUGGAAUAUAGUAAAAUUAUUAUACAGAUUUGGCCGUGGAUGGUACAUUCAACUGAACUAAAAUUAACCCUUUUGAAAGUUGCGGCAUUUUUUUGUGAACGCUCUUUGGUGAUGUGUAAAAAAUUUUCAUCUAUAAAUAAUACAUCUUUUGCACAUUCCGUUUUACAAUUGACCACAAAACUGGUUUUGGCCGACACUAUGAAAAUUAAAGCAUCUAAUACCGACAAUUUUCCCGUCAUUUCAUCUGGUCUAAGGAUAUUAAUGAAUUGCAGCAGUUCUGCUGAAGGUAGAAAUGUCUUAAUUAAAGCUCGUGUUACGGAUAUAUUUGAUAGUUUGUAUCCAUUCAAUAACAAAGCUGCACGUCUUAAACCGGAUAUUGUAAAUUCUUGGCUUUCUUUUUGGGAAAUAUUAUCCCGCUAUGAAGAAGGGGCUCAAACUCGUCAUUUAAAUGCUUUGUGUUCUGUUAUAAAUCGUUCCAAGGGAGAAUCUCGUCUAAUUUCUUUGAGGAUUUUAAGAAACAUGGGCUUUUUGAAUAGCAAUCGUAUCACCCUUUUGACUUCUUCAGAUUUUAUAUACACUGCCAAUGAAAUAAUUUUCCAGUCUGUGUCUCCAAAAUCAUCCGUGGAGGAACAGUUGGCAAUAUGUGUUGCCCUUUGGAAACUUAUAAGUGGAGGUGUAAAAUUUGUGGCUAUGAUUCGAGGUACAAAGUUAUCAAAACAACUACGACUCUUGAGGGAUUCUCUCAAAUGUCUUCUGCUGGAGAACAAUGAAAAAAUUGAAUACGGAAAAGAAUUGUUAAAAGUAUUGGAUAUAAUUUUUAAAAUGUUUGAAACCUAAAACAAGAAGAGCGUUUUGAAUUGAAUAAUUUUUUAAAACACACAUAAUUUAUUAUUGUUACAGAUUUUUAUAAAAAUGUUUUAAUAAAGAACUAAAUUUUAAUAUUUGUUUCUAAACUUCGAUAUACUCACCUUUUCGAGAGUACACAAUUUUCAAGUUAACCAAAUUGAACGUUGACAUAACUUAUCUUGUGUAUGUUGAAAAGUGGAAUAAAAUCAAAUUUGAAGAUA